CAUCACGCUGCGAUCGCCAACUUUGGACUCGAGGAAACAUCACCAUCGCGCGCUUUCAGACAGGCACGCUGCGCAGGUCAUGUCUUCAAGCUUUGCAAAGUCCAAACUAAAAGCGAGUAGGGAUGCCAUCCAAGCCAAACGAUGGAGCGAAGCGCUAGAAUCGGCCGACGCGGUGUUGGAGCACGAGGUCGACAAUUACAAUGCUCUGGUCUUCAAGGGCCUCGCUCUUCUGAAUCUGGAACGAUACGAUGAAUCGGAGCAUGCGUAUCGGGCUGCUGCUCGAGCCCAGCCAGACUCCCCUUUGGCCUGGCAAGGUCUGGAAAAGUUCUUUCAGCAGCGCAAGAAUGCUGCAGGCAUACAGGAAUGUCUCGAAGAGGAGAUGCGCGUAUUCAGCCAAGCAGGAGAUGCAGGCAAGCUGGCAGAGGCGAUCCAGCGACUAGUAGCACUCCAAAGGGAGGAAGGAUCCUCGGCCCAAGUGGCUGCAGCGCUCGAGCUCUAUCUCGAGACAUCGCCUCAUCACGCGCUCUUGGCCACGCUUCCCCAGCCCGAUCAGAGCAGCCCUACAGCAACGAGCACGUACGAGGCGCAGCUGGCCAUGCACCAAAAGUCUUUGGACGUGCUGUUAGAGGUGAUCAGCUUGACGGAAGCGGUUGAAGAAGCUGCAGUGGGCAGGGAAGUUGAAAAGAGAAGGACAAGGCUGGACUCUGCUGGAAAGACUAGAGCGGCGCUGCGAGAUGAGGUCGGAGCGGAGGUGUGGGCAAACAGCAAGCUGCCCGCCUUCUUUGAGCUGGUCCUUGCGCACGCCUCUGCGCCCGAUGAAAUCCGUCGCCAAGCAGAGCUAAAGCUGCUACAACAUCGUUACAAAUUGCUGCUCAGCUUGCCUAAUCCCCGUAGCAGGCCUGACGCACCUACGGGUACCGCAGCAACGGAUGGCAAGGCCAAGGCGCUCGAUGCGCAAAAGUCGGAGCGAAAAGACGAAGCUCGAGAGCAGGUGCUGCAACUUGCGCAUGGCAUGGUCGCUAUUGGUGUGGCGGAGGAGCUCGCGUGGGAGAUCGACUUGGAGUGGGCCGAUUAUGCCAGACUCGAAGACUUGCCGCGCGACCAUCUCCGAGCAUUCAUCGAAAAAUUCCCCAGAGCAAGCCGAACACUUGCGUUUCGCGGCUUAUUGACGGCACUGCAGGACGAGCAGUACCUCGAAGAUGAAGCGGACAUUGCGAAACGCAACGAUGUCGAGCAAGCUACACCUGAUCUGCUAGCUCUUGCAAUCCAUGCUCUCGAGGACGCACCCCAAUCCAUCCUUGUGCACCGCAUUGCUUCGACAAUGUACUUGCUUGAUCGCGACUAUCUCUCCGCCUCGGACGUCUGCUCUGCCGGUCUGGCCUUGGUCAGCAAGCUAGAAGCUGCUGCUGCGCUCGACCUGUCGAGCAUACGGCGCUCUUUGGAAUCGACGCUCGCGGCUGCUCUGUCGCGUCUUCACCCUCCUCAACAUCAUGCGCGAGCGCUGCGUCUCUUGGACGGGGUGCUUGCUGGAGAUGCAGAAAACGCAGACGCGAUGAUAGCCAAGGCAUUCAUCGACGAGACCGCUUUACGAUGGGAUGACGCCAAGGAGCUUUAUGGUCAGGUGGAAGCAAUAGCUCGCAAAGCGCCCGAGGUAUCACCCCUGUCCUUCUCCUCUCAUCCAGGCAUCGAAGCCAAAGGCGGGAUGGCUUGGUGCGAUGUCCGUGCUGGUCGCUUCAACGAUGGCAGACAGGCCUUGGAUGGACUGCUGAACACCAUAGACGGGGACGACGGCUCUCUACAACUCUCGUCGGAAGAAAGGGCACAGGCUUGGUGGCGGCUAGGGUACUGUCUGUGGCAGAUGGGCGGCGAGCAAAAGACGGACCCAGAGAACGCCUUUACAUGCUUCGUCACUGCUCUCAAGCGUUCGCCCGGAUACGCUCCGGCCUUUACUUCGCUUGGCUUCUACUAUGAAGAGGUCGCGAGUGAUGCUGGUCGCGCUGCCAAAUGCUUUCAAAAAGCCUUUGAGCUCGACGCUCGUGAAGACGUUGCAGCCAGGCAGCUGGCAGUCGGCUUUGCCAAUGACAGAGAGUGGGACCUGGUCGAUGUGGUGGCACGUCGCGUGGUCGAAGGGGAAGGCGGCAGCGAUGCGUUGGGUGGAGCAAUGGCUUCCCUCAGGAAGCACAUUAGUCGCAAUGCCUGGGCAUGGAAAGCUGUAGGCUCCGUCGAGCUUCAACGGAGACACUUUGACAAGGCCAUCGAGGCUUUGCAUGUUGCACUCCGUACCCAACCAGCCGAUGCCUCAGCUUGGCAACGACUUGGAGAAGCCUACGCAGGCUCUGAGCGAUACUCUGCUGCUCUCAAGGCAUUUCACAAGGCGCAAGAGUUAUCACCAGACGAGUGGGCGGUGCGCUAUAGUAUCGCAGAGGUUCACCGUGACGUGGGAGAAAUGUACGAGGCAUUGGCCAUCUUCAACGACAUUUCAAAGCAUCACCCGGAAGAAAUUGGCGUAACAAUAGCUGCAGCCGAGACCAGCCUGCUUUUGGCCAAACAACAGAUGGCUGGUGGAUACGUGCUUCGAGCUCAGCAGUCAUUGCAGGAUGCUUUAGCGCACUGCCUCAUCGCUUUGUCUGACGAGCCACGUCUGCGAUCGGGCUGGAGCAUCGCAGCGGAUUCCGUAUUGGAGCUCUCCAGGGUGGCAAGCGAUGGCCGCAUACGAGAGUCGCAAGUUUCGCAGCUCCUGUCCUUGCUAGAGAUCUGCAACGACGAGCCGGUCGACGCGGGCCUGCCCAGCGUCUCAGUGUGCCAACGUCAUGAAGUCAGGAGCGGGAGCGCGAACCCGCAAUUUUGUGCAAAAGCAAGCGUCUUCUUGCACAAGCUCAGAGUGGUGUCCGCUGCGCCAGAUGAGCAAGCCGACGCGUGGUCGAGCCUGGCUGUCGCUCUUCAACACCUAGAUCUUAGAGCGCACGUCGAUGGAGCUAAUGAGCAGGCUACGGCGUGCAUCAAACAAGCCUUGAGACUGCAGCCAGAAUCAAGUCGCUUCUGGAUGAUACUCGGGAACCUCUCGUUCUUGUCCGACGUGACGGUAGCCCAGCAUAGCUUCCUCCGGGCAAUCGAGGCAGCACCACAGGAUGCGCUGCCUUGGUGCUACUUGGGGCUCCUCUACCUCCAGCACGAUGAUGUAGAGCUCGCCAACCAGGCUCUGAUAAAAGCACAGACUCUGGACCCGGAUCUCCCUCAAGCAUGGGCAGGUCAAGCAUACAUUGCGCUCAGGCACGGUGAUGAGGCAGCCUCCCGAGUCUUGUUCGCCCACGCCGUAAACCUUUCGGAGUCAUCAUGCCUCGAGGCGGACUACGGAUUCGCGUCUGGGGUGUACAAGCUGCUUUGCUCUGCCACUCCUCCACCAAAGACGCAGCUGCAUGCUCCCGCCUUUUCCCUCUCGGUUCUUCUUGCCUUUAGCCCACACGAUAGCACCGCCCUGCACCUGUCUGCGCUCUUUUGCGAACAACUUGGCGAAUUUGAGUUGGCGAUCGAGCGCAUCACUAGGGCGGCUUCUCUUCUGGAGAGCGAUUACGAGGCAGACGAGAAGCCUCUCACAGCUACAAAGUACGCCAUAGCCCAAGCCAACCUUGGACGCAUUCGAUUGGCAAUCGGAGAUGCUGACGGCGCUGUGGAUGCUCUCGAAGCAGCCUUGGGCUUGUUCGAUGUGGGAGCAGACGACGCCGCUUCAGGUGAGAUGAUGGACGGCAAGAAGCGGAUAGCGGUCCGCGUUGCGGCGCAUCUUGGAUUGGCGCUGGCUCAUCAUCUCUUGGAAGACGAUGAGGUGGAAGCGGCUCUUCAAAGUGCUCUCGAGGAGAUAAGCAGCCUCGACGAUGAGGAUUUCAAGUCAAGAUUACGCGCGCAAAUCUCUAUAGAAAGAGUUCGCUUGCUGCCUGCGCGCAGCGAAAGCUACGAAAGCGCCACCGCCGAGCUUCUUGACUGCGUCACUUCCAUGCCCAACGAUUUGAACGUGCUGAGCACGCUCGCCGCGAUUGGUGUGGCAGAUGAAGAUCAUGGACUCAUCGAUGCUGCGACGAGCGAGAUUGCCUCCAUGGACUCCUCGACGAGAAGCGAAGACAUUGAUCUGCUGCUCGCCCUCAUUGACUUUGGUCACGGACAGGAGAGAACAGACACUGCAUUGUCGCGAUUGCGCAACGUAGCGGAUCAGACGCCAUCUUCGGUUGAAGCGCACCUCACGUACGCAGAAGCUCUGCUGCGAGCUGCGACGUCGACAAACUCGAAACGUCGCGCCGAAGAGGCUUACGCUGCAGCUCAAAAGGCAUUUGGGGUCGUCAACUCGACCGAGGGUGGUGAAGAAAACUAUGCGCGAUCAAUGCGCCUUUUGGCUCUCGCUGCUUCAUUCAGCAACGCUGAUGCACCCGUUGUCAACCCUGCCGAAGAAGCAGGGACCGCUUCCGAGUCGCAGCCACAAGCAGCGGCGCCUCCUGACCUUGGUCAACGCGCUCUUCAUGCGGCGCCUUGGGAUUGCAAAAAUUGGCGCACUGCAGCGUUUGUCAGGGCGAAGGAGUCGAAGGAAUAGCUGACCCGUGCCAAGUCUAAUUUAUCGACUGGAUGCAUUGCCCAUACGCCGAUCAAUUUGUAAGCUUGCUCGUGCUCGACGCAUCGUAUGUAAUUGGCAUUUUGUGGCGUUGCGCACAGUCUCGCAUACAAGUGUUUGACAAAGAGCACACCUCGUCUGGUUUAGACGCUCGCCUAGACUGACGAGCAAGGACGCUCAUCGCUGCAUCGACUCGAUGUCCGAGCUGUCCUCGCGAGAACCCAUUUGAGCUUCAGCGCGUUCCACGACCAUGUCCUGCAACCAGCCAGGCGACUGUGUCUGAGCGUGCCACGUAACAUCGAA